GCAGUCCGGGCUCCCCGCGCCGCCGCUCGCUCACCUGCGCUCCCGCCCGCCCCUCGGUGCGCGCCCGGCCCGCCAGCCGCCGCCGCCCGCACCCCGAGCGCCACCAUGAACUCGCUCUUCAGGAAGAGAAACAAAGGCAAAUACAGCCCCACUGUGCAGACCCGGAGCAUCUCUAACAAGGAGCUCUCGGAGCUGAUCGAGCAGCUGCAGAAGAAUGCCGACCAGGUGGAGAAGAACAUCGUGGACACAGAGGCCAAGAUGCAGAGUGACCUGGCUCGGCUGCAGGAGGGUCGGCAGCCUGAGCACCAGGACGUGACCCUGCAGAAGGUGUUGGACUCUGAGAAGCUGCUCUAUGUGCUAGAGGCGGAUGCGGCCAUUGCCAAGCACAUGAAGCACCCACAGGGGGACAUGAUCGCCGAGGAUAUCCGCCAGCUGAAGGAGCGUGUGACCAACCUGCGCGGGAAACACAAGCAGAUCUACAGGCUGGCGGUGAAGGAAGUGGAUCCACAGGUCAACUGGGCGGCACUGGUGGAGGAGAAGCUGGACAAGCUGAGCAACCAGAGCUUUGGGACUGACCUGCCGCUGGUGGACCACCAAGUGGAGGAGCAUAACAUCUUCCACAAUGAGGUCAAGGCCAUCGGGCCCCACCUGGCCAAGGACGGGGACAAGGAGCAGAACAGCGAACUCCGGGCCAAGUACCAGAAACUGCUGGCAGCAUCACAGGCCCGGCAGCAGCACCUGAGUUUGCUGCAGGACUACAUGCAGCGCUGCACCAAUGAGCUGUACUGGCUGGACCAGCAGGCCAAGGGCCGCAUGCAGUACGACUGGAGUGACCGCAACCUCGACUACCCCAGCCGCCGGCGCCAGUAUGAGAAUUUCAUCAACCGGAACCUGGAGGCCAAAGAGGAGAGAAUCAACAAACUGCACAGCGAGGGCGACCAGCUGCUGGCGGCCGAGCACCCUGGGAGGAACUCCAUUGAGGCACACAUGGAGGCUGUGCACGCAGACUGGAAGGAGUACCUGAACCUGCUCAUCUGCGAGGAGAGCCACCUCAAGUACAUGGAGGACUACCACCAGUUUCACAAAGACGUGAAGGACGCUCAGGAGCUGCUGCGCAAGGUGGACUCGGACCUGAACCAGAAGUAUGGCCCUGACUUCAAGGACCGGUACCAGAUUGAGCUGCUGCUGCGGGAGCUGGAUGACCAGGAGAAGGUGCUGGACAAGUAUGAGGACGUGGUGCGGGGACUGCAGAAGCGAGGUCAGCAGGUGGUGCCCCUUAAGUACCGCCGGGAGACUCCGCUCAAGCCCAUCCCCGUGGAGGCACUCUGUGACUUUGAGGGGGAGCAGGGCCUGAUCGCGCGGGGCUACAGCUACACCCUGCAGAAGAACAACGGGGAGAGCUGGGAGCUCAUGGACAGCGCUGGGAACAAGCUGAUUGCUCCGGCCGUCUGUUUUGUGAUCCCCCCCACAGACCCUGAGGCCCUGGCUCUGGCUGACAGCCUGGGCAGCCAGUACCGGAGCGUGCGGCAGAAGGCAGCUGGGAGCAAACGCACGCUGCAGCAGCGGUAUGAGGUGCUGAAGACUGAGAAUCCCGGAGAUGCCUCUGACCUACAGGGGCGGCAGCUGCUGGCUGGCUUGGAUAAGGUGGCCAGCGACCUGGACCGGCAGGAGAAGGCCAUCACAGGGAUCCUGCGGCCACCACUGGAGCAAGGCCGGGCUGUGCAGGACAGUGCCGAGCGGGCCAAGGACCUCAAGAACAUCACCAACGAGCUACUGCGGAUUGAACCUGAGAAGACGCGGAGCACGGCUGAGGGCGAAGCCUUCAUCCAGGCCCUCCCAGGCAGUGGCACCACACCCCUGCUGAGGACCCGGGUGGAGGACACCAACCAGAAAUACGAGCACCUCCUGCAGCUGCUGGACUUGGCCCAGGAGAAGGUUGAUGUGGCCAACCGCCUGGAGAAGAGCCUGCAGCAGAGCUGGGAGUUGCUGGCCACGCACGAGAACCAUCUGAAUCAGGAUGACACAGUGCCUGAGAGCAGCCGUGUCCUGGACAGCAAGGGGCAGGAGCUGGCGGCCAUGGCCUCUGAGUUACAGGCCCAGCAGUCCCUCCUGGGUGAGGUGGAGCAGAACUUGCAGGCGGCCAAGCAGUGCUCGAGCACACUGGCCAGCCGCUUCCAGGAGCACUGCCCAGACCUGGAGCGCCAGGAGGCCGAGGUGCACAAGCUGGGCCAGCGUUUCAACAACCUGCGCCGGCAGGUGGAACACAGGGCGCAGAGCCUACAGAGCGCCAAGGCGGCCUAUGAGCACUUCCACCGCGGCCAUGACCACGUGCUGCAGUUCCUAGUCAGCAUCCCCAGUUACGAGCCCCAGGAGACAGACAGCCACAGCCAGAUGGAGACCAAGCUGAAGAACCAGAAGAACCUGCUAGAUGAGAUAGCAAGUAGGGAGCAGGAAGUACAGAAGAUCUGUGCCAAUUCCCAGCAGUACCAGCAAGCUGUAAAGGACUAUGAGUUAGAAGCAGAAAAACUAAGGUCUCUUCUCGACUUGGAGAAUGGAAGGAGCAGCCACGUGAGCAAGAGAGCCAGGCUCCAAUCUCCUGCCACCAAAGUGAAGGAAGAGGAAGCAGCACUUGCCGCCAAGUUCACUGAAGUUUAUGCCAUCAACAGACAGAGGCUGCAGAAUCUGGAGUUUGCUCUGAAUCUCCUCAGACAGCAGCCGGAAGUAGAAGUGACCCAUGAGACCCUGCAAAGGAACAGGCCGGACUCUGGAGUGGAGGAGGCGUGGAAGAUCAGGAAGGAACUGGAUGAGGAGACUGAGCGGAGGCGGCAGCUGGAGAACGAGGUCAAGAGCACCCAGGAAGAAAUCUGGACCUUGAGGAAUCAGGGGCCUCAGGAAUCGGUGGUGAGGAAGGAGGUGCUCAAGAAGGUGCCGGAUCCCGUGCUGGAGGAGAGCUUCCAGCAGCUGCAGCGGACGCUGGCAGAGGAGCAGCACAAGAACCAGCUGCUGCAGGAGGAGCUGGAGGCACUGCAGCUGCAGCUGCGUGCCCUGGAGCAGGAGACCAGGGACGGGGGGCAGGAGUACGUGGUCAAGGAGGUCCUGCGCAUCGAGCCUGACAGGGCCCAGGCGGAUGAGGUCUUGCAGCUGCGGGAGGAGCUGGAGGCACUGAGGCGGCAGAAGGGCGCCCGGGAGGCAGAGGUGCUCCUCCUGCAGCAGCGUGUGGCCGCCCUGGCUGAAGAGAAGAGCCGGGCGCAGGAGAAGGUCACGGAGAAAGAGGUGGUGAAACUGCAGAAUGACCCCCAGCUGGAGGCAGAGUACCAGCAGCUGCAGGAGGACCACCAGCGCCAGGACCAGCUCAGGGAGAAGCAGGAGGAGGAGCUGAGCUUCCUCCAGGACAAGCUCAAGAGGCUAGAGAAGGAGCGGGCCAUGGCCGAGGGCAAGAUCACCGUCAAGGAGGUGCUCAAGGUGGAGAAGGACGCGGCCACCGAGAGGGAGGUCAGCGAUCUCACCCGCCAAUAUGAGGAGGAGGCUGCCAAGGCUCGCGCUAGCCAGAGGGAGAAGACGGAGCUGCUCCGAAAGAUAUGGGCCUUGGAGGAGGAGAACGCCAAAGUGGUGGUGCAGGAGAAGGUGCGGGAGAUCGUGCGGCCAGACCCCAAGGCGGAAAGUGAAGUGGCGAACCUCCGCCUGGAGCUUGUGGAGCAGGAGCGAAAGUACCGGGGUGCCGAGGAGCAGCUCCGGAGCUACCAGAGUGAGCUGGAGGCCCUCAGGAGGCGAGGCCCCCAGGUGGAAGUCAAAGAGGUGACUAAGGAAGUCAUUAAGUACAAGACUGACCCUGAGAUGGAGAAGGAGCUUCAGCGGCUCAGGGAGGAGAUCGUGGACAAGACCAGACUGAUCGAAAGGAGUGAUUUAGAGAUCUACCAGCUGAAAAAGGAAAUCCAGGCCCUGAAAGACACCAAACCCCAGGUCCAGACCAAAGAGGUGGUCCAGGAGAUCCUCCAAUUCCAAGAAGACCCUCAAACCAAGGAGGAGGUGGCGUCUCUGAGGGCAAAGCUCUCAGAGGAGCAGAAGAAACAAGUGGAUCUGGAGAGGGAAAGAGUUUCCCAGGAAGAGCAGAUCGCCCGGAAAGAGGAGGAGCUCUCGCGGGUGAAGGAAAGGGUGGUGCAGCAGGAGGUGGUCAGGUAUGAGGAGGAGCCAGGCCUGCGGGCUGAGGUGAGCGCCUUUGCCGAGAGCAUCGACGUGGAGCUGCGGCAGAUUGACAAGCUGCGGGCAGAGCUGCGGCGGCUGCAGCGCCGGCGCACCGAGCUUGAGCGGCAGCUGGAGGAGCUGGAGCGCGAGCGGCAGGCCCGCAGGGAGGCCGAGCGCGAGGUACAGCGGUUGCAGCAGCGGCUGGCAGCGCUGGAGCAGGAAGAAGCUGAGGCCCGUGAGAAGGUAACCCAUAAGCAGAAGGUGGUGCUGCAGCAGGACCCGCAGCAGGCGCGAGAGCAUGCCCUGCUCCGACUCCAGCUGGAAGAAGAGCAGCACCGGCGGCAGCUCCUGGAGGGUGAGCUCGAGACCCUCCGGAGGAAACUGGCUGCAUUGGAGAAGGCGGAGGUCAAGGAGAAGGUGGUGCUCUCCGAGAGUGUCCAGGUGGAGAAGGGCGACACCGAGCAAGAGAUCCAGAGGCUCAAGAGCAGCCUGGAGGAGGAGAGCCGCAGCAAGCGCGAGCUGGACGUUGAGGUGAGCCGGCUGGAAGCCAGGCUUUCGGAGCUGGAAUUCCAUAACUCCAAGUCAUCCAAGGAACUAGACUUUCUAAGGGAAGAGAACCACAAAUUACAGCUGGAGAGGCAAAACCUGCAGCUGGAGACCCGAAGGCUCCAAUCGGAAAUCAACAUGGCAGCGACGGAAACACGAGACCUGCGGAACAUGACCGUGGCGGACUCUGGGACCAACCAUGACUCCAGACUGUGGUCCCUGGAGAGGGAACUGGAUGACCUCAAGAGGCUCUCCAAGGACAAAGACCUUGAGAUUGACGAGCUGCAGAAGCGCCUGGGCUCCGUGGCCGUCAAGCGGGAGCAGCGGGAGAACCACCUGCGGCGCUCCAUCGUAGUCAUCCACCCUGACACAGGCCGCGAGCUGUCCCCGGAGGAAGCCCACCGUGCCGGGCUCAUUGACUGGAACAUGUUCGUGAAACUCAGAAGCCAGGAGUGCGACUGGGAGGAGAUCUCAGUGAAGGGUCCCAAUGGGGAGUCCUCAGUGAUACACGACAGGAAGUCUGGCAAGAAGUUCUCCAUCGAAGAGGCCCUGCAGAGUGGCAGGCUGACCCCUGCUCAGUAUGACCGCUAUGUCAACAAGGAUAUGUCCAUCCAGGAGCUGGCGGUCUUGGUAUCUGGGCAGAAGUAGGCACAGCUCUUGCAACUCUUCGUAACAGCAGACGCUGGCCCUCUCCUACGACGCAGUGACCUCCUUGGUGUCGUCCUCUCCCUAGCCCUGGUGCAGGCCAAGCAUUUUAUACAUACCCUCGCUGCCAGGCUGCUCAGAGUCCAGCCCACAUAUGAGACAGGCACUGGCUGAAGACAGGCAACUGUCGUCCCAACCAUCAUUCACCCUGAGUGACCCACUUCAUCCUCCAAUGACUGGACAACUGCAAUGCCUUUUCCUCCCUUCUCCUAUACACUCCCAGCAACAAACUCCUCAUGACAACUGCACACAAUCUGAAAACCACUGAAGGACAAGCCAACCACAGCAGCCAAGCCCACUCCAUGCAGCAUGGGUACUGGUGGCACACCAGACAGUGACACUGCCCCACAAAGGCCUCGGCCCGUGGGGGCUGCUGCCUGGCAUGACAUCUCUCCAGAUUUCUGGCUUAAAACCAACUUUCCAUCCGAGAAGCCUCCUCAGUAGUUACUCUGCUCAUGAGACAGAUCUGGGCUCCAAGCCAGGAAAGGUGAACCGAAACCACAAGUGUCCAGCCCUCGGUGCUGGAGUGGACGUUAAUGGUCAGCCAGACUGUCCCGGCACCUACAGAGAAUGUUUCACAGUUCUGGCAUUUAAAUCCUUUGAUAGUGGAUUGUGCUGCUGUUAGCAUUAGUUUCAGUGCUUUACAAGUCUCGCUUAUUAUCUCACUGGUAUUUAGGUAUACAAAACAGUUGAUUAUUCACCACGCGAAUAUCUGGGUCUCUGUAUCUCAUGUAGAACAUAAGAAAAUGGGAACUAAUAGGGAACUUUAUUUAUAGCAUGAAAAUAAACCUGGUGGCUGGAGUCUG